UAAUUAAAUAAAUGAAAUCAAUUUAAUUUUAAAUUAAAUCAUUUUUGAAGCGCAUCAGAAGUUAUUUUAUCUACGUACGGAGAAACGUAAAAGCGUUAUUGAUUUUUUGGAGACGAACAUGAGUUUAAAUAAAAUCGGCAUUACUGAAAAUAAACAACUUUGCCCUUUGUUUAAGAUAAAUUCAACAUAUAAUAUGCAAAUAGUGGUUAAGUGUUCGUUUAUAAAAUAAAAAGAUUUUUAAGAUUGUUCUAAAAAUGAGUUGCAGUAAUACUAAGUUUGUGUUUUACACAUUUGCUUUGAUUUUGUGCUCUGUAUGUGAUUGUAAAGAAACUUUUAUUACAGCAUUUCAACAGAACAAAACUGCUCAUCAUAUACGAAGAGCGAAUGUAGACGACAGCUUUUUCAAGAAUCAAAAGCUUGCCACAUAUCGUUCUUUUCAACCGAUAUCGGUUAAUUAUCAUAAAUCAAAAUACCCAAAGGUUCAAGAACGGACUGACUAUGAUAUUAACUCGUACGAUACGGAGUAUGGUGGGGUAGUUUCUAACUUUACGUCUUCCAUUUAUGAUGAUAAUCCACCGCUAUAUCCGAAUCCAGAAGUUAUAGCAAGGAAUAAUCAAGCGCAAGUUAUCAAGUUUAAUGAGAAUAGGAUACCGGAGCAAGACAUGGAAGCCGCUGAGGAGUCAUUUGCAGAUGCCGAUCUAAAAGAGCACAACAUUAUAGACAGUGUCACUUAUGUAUACGGAUUUAAUAAUUGCCAUGGCGUUAGAAACGAGUGGAUGGUUUUGAUAUUUGUCACAAGUGGACUUGCAAUAGCUUUGCCAGUGUCUGCAAUAAUCUGGCUGAUGUGGAGUCAAUAUGCAGCUGAGUUCAGACGUAACAGCAAGCUCUAUCCAAUCGUAAUCAACUUGUGCUGCUGUCUUAUUGCUUGUACCAUGAUUUACAUACAAGCUAUUGUGGGGGCGUCUUCACCCUCACAAUGCGAAAGAAUUGCACUGGUCCUGCAUUAUACGCACAUAUCUUGCGCAAUGUGGAUCGUUGCUUUGGCGGCUGCAGUCGCUGAGUAUUGCGUGUGUGAUACACUGUUACCUUUGAAAUACAACUAUUUGCUGGCCUAUGGCAUUCCAGGCAUUGUUGUGAUGUUCAAUUAUGCAUUAUCAAUGGAACAUUACGAAAUUAAGCAUUACUGCUGGAUGUCUAUAGAAAAAGGGAUGGUUAUGGGUUUUAUGGUACCGGCCAUGAUUCUGAUCUUAAUAAACACGGGAAUCAUUAUCGUGGGCUUGCAAAGCGUAAAUCAAAAGCAAACUGAAAUGCUUACGGCCAAAAUACAAGAACUAGUUGACCAUCAUAUCGCUAACUGGCCCAGAAAUGAUAGGGUUGAAGACAAUGCCAAUGGCAGUUUGGAAAAUAUCGAUAAUAUGUACACUCCUGCAAGUAGUCGGAAGAAUACGGACAGCUCUGAUACGUUGGAAAAGGAAUACAACUAUAAUGACGAUGAUAACUACGUUAAUAUUGGAACGUCAAGCAAUGAUAUUAAUGAAGGAGGAAGAGAGGCCAGUGAACAGAUGAAGGCUAAUAUGGAUAAAGGUUUAUUAAACAUGCUAUACAUGGAUAACUUAUCGUGGAAAUGGAGCUGGAAUACGGAAGGCAAUGAGUUGAAGACAUAUCUAAACCUAUGCCUUGUUUUGGAGCCAUUUUUCGCGAUCAACUGGGUCAUGGGAGUUGUCGCUAUUGAAAACGCUGCUCAUUGGUCGACGCCGACGAUUUAUUUGAUACUGGUUGUAUCUAUGCACAUCUACUUUGCGGCCACAAUUUGUACUACGUUACCGGUAAUUUGCAAUAAGACACCACCGGCGGCGCCGUGUUGUGAGGAGGUUGUUACAGAACCUACUCUCGCGCGAACAAGGACCACUGAUAGCAUUCCACUUCUGGACCCCGGGAUACAACAAGCCAUCGUGACACCGGCACCAGCUGACACCAUCAGCACGAUCAGUAUUUAAACCG